AUGUCUGGCGCGGACGAUUACUCAAAGAAGUCUUGGAAAAGAAUUGAUAAUUAUCGGUUAUUGCGCGAAAAGAAAAAUAAAGAAGGCGAAAAAGUGACACAGAUUCGCGGCGGGCGUCAUGUUGGUGGUCGAAAUAUAUAUUUUAGGCGAUGUGUGCCCAGUCACUUUCUUAUGGAAGAUCGUGAUUAUGCUCUAUUCAGUACUUUUGAAGAUGAUUUUGAGCCGAAACCAACAGAAAGCCUGGAAAAAGAGGCUCUGCUAACUCCACUUCGCUAUCAGGCUACCCGUAAUGUUGAGUGGUAUUAUGAAACAUUUGAACAAGGUGGUGCCUCGGAGGCCGUUUUGAAAAAAAUCGAUUCGUACAAUGCUGAGGUUUUUUUCAAAUCAUUCAAAUAUCAAAGUAUGGAUUACGCCGUGCCGCAGAUAAUGGAAGAUGAUAGGGUGCGCAGACACGAAGUACGUUCAAAUCUGCUUGACAUUUAUACAUAA